AUGAUCCAGGUACUGACUUCAUUCUUACAGAAUCUCUGCAGAGACAAUCAGUAUUUCGGAUAUUCUAUCGAUGUGUCCAAAAUUACAGUUGAACCCCAUGCAACAGAUUCGUAUCAGAAUAUCCUAUUUUCUCUCAUUCAUUUCCGUCUCUAUGUGGGAACUUGGCCUCGGCAGGUCACUCUUGUUACGCAUGAGUUUAAGAGAAAAAGGUUUAUGGAUUUCCACCUUCCAACCGUUGGCCUACUCCCUCUUCCCGUCGAUAGCGAAGAGAAACUGGAGCCCAAUAAUGUUGCUUUAAUUGGCAUCAAUCCUCCGGAAGAAAUUACCCCUCUCGACUUACUAGUACGAGGAGAGAUGUCAAAAGGAAUUGGCCUCUGGAAAGAAGACUUCUACGGAGUUGGUGAAGAGCUAGCAGGGAAGCGCAGAAAGGAGGAAGAUAUUUUUCUCAACAAAGGGCUAGAUCCGGUCGUUGAAAACCUCCUUCGUUGGGAUGGUGGGACGGGCAAUGAGCUAUUCCCAAUGAUUAAGGAACUACCUUGGUUCUACGGAAAUAUCAAGCAGUGA